UUAUUUUUCAGGUGUGGACAGAAAUAUAUGUAAGACUACGUCCAUUCGACCAGGAUAAUUUGUCAGGAUGGCGUUGACCUUAGAGUCUCAAACUUUGGCUGGGGAUAGCAUGGAAUUUACCGCGUCAUCAAAAGCCUUAUCCGAUCCGAUCAUUCUAGAUAUCGUUCUCCCCCUGCUAAAUGUCCCCAGCUUGAAGGCUGCUCGCCUCACCUGUCGUCAAUGGUGCGAGAUCGCCACUCCGCUCUUAGGACAGCGCACGUUUCUCAACGGCAACAAAUUUGACACUUUCAAAGCCACCCAGCAGACUGACCUCGUAGUUGAUGACCAACUGCUCAAGCGACUCUACUUCUCCUCGGCAGGUCACCGAAACGACUUCUCGCUGCCCUAUGAGAACUGGCCCAAUGUGAUCAAGAGGGUAAUCUCCGCCAUCCCGCAGGCUGCACAACUCACACGUGAACUGAGCAUUGAAAUUGGAAACCUCAACUUCGUCAAUACACAUUUCCGAGGGAUGGAGAGUUGGAAUGCAUUGAACUUAAAACAUGUUACCGUCUCAGUCUACAUGACUUGCAACAUGAUUCCUCCGUUCGUUGGUCAAGUCCCUCUUCACAACACCCUCACCUCGCUCAAGUUUAAGAUGGACUUUAGGAAAGGUGUCUGGCCUGGCGAAUACUAUUUCAACCAGGAAAUUCUGCUCCCCAUUUGGCGAGCCUGGCUAUGGUCGGCCCCUAAUUUAACGAGUUUGGAAAUCGAGGGAACCACCUGCCCUAAUCUGAUAUCUUGCGAUAGUCUGAAAGUUUUAAAAUUCCGAUUUGAAGGGAUUGACGAUCUAGUUGUUGCCUUGGAUCUGGCCGCCGUGACCAGAAUGUUGGAACAGGUCAAGGGUUCUCUCGUUCAUGUCGAGCUGGAUUAUUUCACACGUGGAAUUUCUACUCUACAGAGGGUGGGCAAGUUGGCCCUUCCCGUCAUGCCAAAUGUUGUGGAUCUUCUUGCCGCGGAUGUUUACCAAAUUCUGGACUUGCUGAAUGAGCACAGCCUCCCGAACUUGAAGAACCUCACGCUCGUCAACUUUUUCGAGACACCGGGGUUAGAUUAUCAUCCAAAUUUUUGGACGCCGCACCACGGAAUCCAAUCUCUCACCUUGUCCCUGGCUGGUUCUACGAAAUGUAAUCAAUUUGCUGCAACACUGGUCAAAUUGUAUCCCAGCGUGACGAAGCUUGAUUUUACGUGGAAACUUUUCGGUUUAGAAAACCUUGACCUGGGGUUAAUGGAACCCUUCAAACUCUGGAAUCUGAACGUGGCGAAUGUGGUGAUGAAACAAGUAUGUGAUUCCAACAUCGUCAUACCAGUCAUAAGGACCAUAUUGAACUGGAAGGGCGUCAAAACGGCCAAGUUUUACUUUUACUUGAAUUUGACAAAGUCAAGAUUUACGGGUCAUUUGGAGGAAAUGAUUCACUUUAGUGACUUUUUCAAAACUUUGGAAAUGGGGGUGUGCCUCGACUCAGAAUUUGUGGAUCAGAUGCGAUCCAUAUUUGAAGCUAGAAGAGCUGCAAUAAAUGUCAAGCGAGUUGCGGUCGAAGAGAUAUUUUCAUAAAUCUACCAAUUUUCUACAAAUUUAUUAACUCUAGAUUUUAUUUAAAACGAAUCUCAAUAAUUUAACAAUUGAUCUGCAUUUUGAUAUUACAAAUCUUAUUUAGUCUUCCAUUUUUUCAAAUUGUUACGGUGUUGUUAAAAGAAUUUAUAUAUAUAGCUUAUUAGCUAAGAAAUUAGACAAUUAGUGGAUACGGGUAUGACAUUGAAAUUGUUAAUUAUUUAAUUUGGGUUAAUUUUGUUAAUAAA